AUGAGCGUGCGUAAGGCUCACAAUGCGGGUCGGAAUCAUUUGAGGAACGUGGUGGAAUACUAUCAACAGAUUGGACAGGAAAAGGCACAAUCCGUCAUUGACUCGAUCACGUCUUCAUAUGCUGCCGAGGGCCAAGCUGUUCCCAACCCUGCCAUGGCUCCCCCAGGCGCGUUUCCUCCACCAUUCGGAUUUCCUGGUCGCCCCGGUCAACUCCCACCUCCUCCAUUCGGUAUCCCUCCCCCCGGAGGGCCCAAUGGAGUUCCCCCAGGCAUGCCCAUUCCACCACCCGGCGGUAGAGGCCUCCCCUUCCCACCUCCCUUCCCCCCAGCACCAGGCGGCGCCCCAGGAGGUCUUCCCCCGCCGCCUCUCGGCCACAUGCCCCCCGGUCAAGGCUUCCCCCCCGUCCCACCACCAGGCGGGUUCCCGCCUAACUUCCAGAUUCCUCCUCCCGGCGCUGGGGGAUUCCCUCCCGUACCUCCUCCCGGCCAGCCUGGUUUCAGCCCGAGCCCUGGGCCCGGUAUGUCGGGUCCCCCGGCGCCGCCGGGGAUGGGCUCCUCGACUCUGCCGGGGCCUCCUCCGGGACUAGGUGAAAAGCGAUGA